AUGCCGAAGCUUCAGGGCUUCGAGUUCUGGAGCCGCACCCGGGGGGCUCGCCACGUGGUGGCGCCCAUGGUGGACCAGAGCGAGCUGGCCUGGAGGCUGCUGAGCCGCCGGCACGGGGCCCAGCUCUGCUACACGCCCAUGCUGCACGCCCAGGUCUUCGUGCGCGACGCCAACUACCGGAAGGACAACCUGUACUGUGAAGUGUGCCCCGAGGACCGGCCGCUCAUCGUGCAGUUCUGUGCCAAUGACCCAGAGGUGUUUGUCCAGGCGGCUCUCCUGGCCCAGGAUUACUGUGAUGCCGUCGACCUGAAUUUGGGUUGCCCGCAGAUGAUAGCCAAGCGAGGUCACUACGGGGCCUUCCUGCAGGAGGAGUGGGACCUGCUCCAGAGAAUGAUUCUGCUGGCACACGAGAAGCUCUCUGUCCCCGUCACGUGCAAAAUCCGCGUCUUCCCAGAGAUUGACAAGACCGUCAAGUACGCUCAGAUGCUGGAAAAGGCCGGCUGUCAGCUGCUGACCGUGCACGGGCGCACCAAGGAGCAGAAGGGGCCGUUGUCGGGCACCGCGUCCUGGGAGCAUAUCAAGGCUGUGCGGAAGGCGGUAACCAUCCCCGUGUUUGCCAACGGGAACAUCCAGUGCCUGCAGGACGUGGAGCGCUGCAUCCGGGACACUGGAGUGCAGGGGGUCAUGAGCGCAGAGGGCAACCUGCACAACCCCGCCCUGUUUGAGGGCCGCAGCCCUGCCGUGUGGGAGCUGGCCGAGGAAUACCUGGACAUCGUGCGGCAGCACCCCUGCCCCCUGUCCUGCGUCCGGGCCCACCUCUUCAAGCUGUGGCACCACACGCUGCAGGUGCACCGGCAGCUUCGGGAGGAGCUCGCCAAAGUGAAGACCCUGGAGGGCAUCGCGGCCGUGAGCCAGGAGCUGAAGCUGCGGUGUCAGGAGGAUAUGUCCAGGCAGAAGGAGGGAGAGAAGCCCCCUGGCGGCUUGCCUUUCUUCCACUGGAUCUGUCAGCCCUAUUUCCGGCCAGGGCCCAGGGAAGGGAGCAAGGAGAACGGGGGUGCCCGCAGCAAGCGGGCCCUGGAGGAAGAGGAGGCUGGCACAGAUGUCCUGUCCAAGAACAAGCAGAAGAAGCAGCUGAGGAACCCCCACAAGACCUUCGACCCCUCGCUGAAGCCAAAAUAUGCAAAGUGUGAUCAGUGCGGAAACCCAAAGGGCAACAGAUGCGUGUUCAACCUAUGCCGGGGCUGCUGCAAGAAGCGAGCUUUCAGAGAGGCCGCAGAUUGCCCAGGUCACGGAUUGCUUUUUAAAACCAAAUUGGAGAAGUCUCUGGCCUGGAAGGGGGCCAGGCAGCUUUCCUGAGGUGGUGGGCGACGCCCUGGCCUGAAGGGCAGCUGGAGCCCGACACGCAGCCCCCCCACCCGAGGCCCCGGGGCUGCUGCUGAAGCCUCACCACGUCCCGCCGGAGGAAACGCCUUUACUCAGGGAAUCUCCCGCUACUCCACACACAGAAGGAUGAGCUGGUCUUGCCCUCGCCUACGCCGGGAGCCCGGAAAUGCUGCACCGGGGAGCAGGCUCCCAGGCUGGACCUGCCCCCUCCUAGCAACGUGUGUGUUCAAAAGCGAACAAUAAAUCAUUUCAAAGAUG